AUGGCACCACCGCCAACACCGCUCGAGUGGGAACUGCCCAAGCUGCGGUACUCGCUCAGCUUCGAGGACGACAAGAAGUACGUCGAUGACGUCGGUCUGGACACAGACUUCUUCGAUGUCAAGUUUUACCCGUAUAGCCCAGCCGGGAGCAACCCGGUGUUUGCAGCCGUGAGCAAGCGUCACACAAAGGACAAGGACGCCAACCCAUGCGAGGUCAUCCAAAUCAUCCGGGACGACGACCUCGGCGCGUUGAACUGCUCAUGCACGUGGACCAAGGACCCGGAGACGGACCGAGCACUCCUCUGCGUGGCCGGCAGAGACUCCAAGGUCAAAGUAUACAACAUACGGGAUGGCACGCCAGUAACGUCGUUUGUUGGCCAUGGCGGAGAAAUCAACGAUCUGGCGACUUCGCCGGCCAACCCGUGCCUCAUCGCGUCAGCCUCGGACGACACGACGGUCCGCAUCUGGAGUCUCGAUCCGGUCCACAGGCGACAGCCGUGCGUGUGUCUCCUCGCAGGCGAGGGCCACUCGUGGAACCUGCUGAGUGUGGCCUUUCAUGACUCUGGCCGUUACGUUCUGUCUGCAGGACACGACCAGGUUAUCAACCUUUGGACGCUUCCAGACUUUCCCCAAGAGCACAUCGAGACGCCUUUUGUCGUGCACUAUCCUCACUUUUCGACAUCGGAGAUCCACACGGGUUUGAUUGACUGCGUCUCCUUUUUCGGCGAUCUGAUCCUGUCGCGGGCCUGCCACGAAGACGUGAUUGUGCUGUGGUGCAUCGAGGGCUUCAGCUCGCUGGACGACGCGCCGUCGCCGGAGCAGGCCCCGUCCAACCACGACACGUCCAAGCUGACGCGGUCUUCCUUUUCGGCCGCCGGGACCGUGUCAACGCCAGCCGGCUCCAACGGGCCGACAGCAGCAGCAGCAACGGCAGCACCGUCGUCGUUGUCGUCUACGACGCAUCCGCAGUACACCCGUCUGCUGCAGCUGCACACGCCCGGCUGCGGGUCGCAGUUCUUUACGCGCUUCGGCCUGUUCAACGUGGCCGGCCACCACCCGACGCUGGCCUUUUGCAACACGUAUGCCAAGAUUUUCUUCUGGGACUUUGCCUGCUUCCCGGCGUACCAGGAGUUUAUCGCGGCUGCCGACCGCGUCGAGGCCAGCGACAAGGACUCGGUCUUUUCAGUGCCCGUGGGCUCGGCUGCAAACCCGAACACAAACACAAACACAAAUCCAGUCCCAAACACAAAUACGCCCGACCCCGACACGACGCAUGCGGCACCCGCAGCCAAGGUCGAACACUACAACGCGGAGACGCUCGAGGACUGGCACAACAAGUACGACACCAGCGACCCGCACGCGCAGCUCAAGGCGCACAAGACCGAGGGCACGUCCAAGGCGCUCUCGACGGUGGGCCGGCAGGUGGCCUGGAGCCCUGAGGGCGACUGGUGCGUGGUCGUGGGCAGCAACAGCCAGGUGCUGAUCCUGCAGCGGUGGGCCAACGGGGAGAUGGCAGCGACGGGCGAGACUGGGGAGUGA